GUAGGCAUAUCUUGAGAUUACUUGGAAAGAAGAAUUAGGUUAUGAUGUUAAAUAUAACCAAAUAAACAAAAAUUUUGAAAUUUGAAUCUACAAAUACACAUUUCUAAAGAUCGGCUCUAAAUGCUUCCCGUUUUUCCGAGACUACAAAGAAAUUUUAUAAUCAGGUUGUCAUAGAAACAGUUCUUAAAUCAAUAGAACCUAAAAAGAAAUAUCUAAACAUAAAAUGACCGAGACUGAGGCUGAUGAAUUAAAAGAAGUUGUUGAAGAUACAAAAGGCUCUGUUUCAACGGAUGGUAGUUCGCACACAAUAAAACCAUCGUUACAACACAAAUUUAAGGAACUGCCAGUGAAGGAAAUUAUUAGAAAUGUUGUUGCAGCUGUAUUAACAGGAAAAUCAUAUGAUCCAGAUCGAGCUAAAAGCUGGUCUAUGCAGAUAUCAAAUGAAGUAAAUGAAAAAGUAAAAGAUUUACAAAUGAAGAGAUAUAAACAUAUUGUACAAGUAAUUAUUGGAGAAAUGAAAGGGGCUGGUGUAAAAUCUGGAGUAAGAUGUAUUUGGGAUUCAGACGUUGACAGCUAUACUAGUGAGAUAUUUAUGAACGAUACCAUCUUCUGUGUAACCACCGUAUUUGCAGUAUAUCUUUAUUAGUAUAAACCUUUUACUUUUAUAUAUAAUGUAGAUAAUUCAAUUUUUAAAAAUAAAAUAUAUUUUUUUAAUCUCAGCCUUUUUAUUAUUUCCAUUGCCCUUUAAAAAAAAUCAUUCCUCUUGGGUAAAGCUGCACAGUCAACAAGGUUUGCUAUUCUUCAAGUCUUCCUGGCCUACAUUUUUUACUA